AAUCUCCGGCUGGAGUGGAGCAGCAGUAGCAGGAGCAGCAGGAGGAGGAGUUGGCGACGAUGUUGACGCUGGCGCAGAAGAAGAAGCGGGACAGCAGUGGCGGUGGCGGCGCCGGGACCCGCAGCAGCAGCGGCGGUGGCGGCGUGGGGGGGAACCCGGCCUCGGUGGGAGAGGGAGGCGGCGGCGGCGGCGGCAGGCGGGUGUCGGUGCGGGACAAGCUGCUGCUCAAGGAAGUUGCAGAUCUGGCUUCAAACCUCCCAAACACAUGUAGGACAAACUUUCCUGACCCGAACAAGCUGCAUUUCCUACAGCUCACCAUCACGCCAGAUGAAGGCUACUAUGUCGGAGGGAAAUUUGAGUUUGAAGUCGAUGUCCCAGAUGCCUAUAACAUGGUGCCCCCCAAAGUGAAGUGCCUUACGAGAAUAUGGCACCCCAACAUCGCCGAGACGGGCGAGAUCUGCUUAAGUUUACUUCGUGAGCACUCGAUAGACGGUACUGGAUGGGCUCCCACACGCACGUUGAAGGACGUGGUGUGGGGUCUCAACUCCCUCUUUACGGAUCUGCUGAACUUUGACGACCCACUGAACAUCGAGGCUGCUGAGCAUCACCUGCGGGACAAGGACGAGUUCAGGAACAAGGUGCAGGAUUACAUCCGACACUAUGCAAGAUGACUCGAGCUGAUGAGGCCUUCGCAUGCUGCUUUUCUCCGGUCCGUCUUCUCGGAUGCACGGAACGGGAACGUGGGGAGGGACACGUCCGGGCCUGGCGCCGAAACUGCGUCCUGGUGGUGCGCGUGACCCCGUCCUGCACAACCUACGACCUCUCCUGCAUUAGCCCAACUCGAGCCGCCUGGCUACGGUGCGCGGAGGCACACGCAGGACUCCUGAUGUUCUCAAUCUACCCUGACGGAACACGCUCGUGAAACAACUAGGGCUGUCACAAGUGCAUCGGUAACACUGACAAGCACCUCCGUCGUUUACGAUUAAUCAGCCUGCCCGAUAAUCGGAUUUGUCAAUGGAUGUUGGUUUGCCAAAGUGGCACGGAGGGCGGCGGCGGCAGCAGCAGCAGCAACAGGCGAGAAUAUCUUGCUGAAAGUGCCAGGUCGGCACCACAGGGUGAUGGGUUCGAUGCCCGGUCUGCUUAGGCGCCUUACCUCAUUGCUGCCGUAGCAAAGCCGUGUUGAACGGCGCUGUAUGAAUAGAAUAAAAAAAUUACGAGAGCAAUGACAGCAUUCAUUCGUUAUCACCUUUUGAAAGUAAGCGAUGAAAUCUAUGAAUACUUGUUGAUUAUUCAAUGGCGUGGAAUAAUGUAGAUCAGCAAGUGACAGCCCUAGUCACAACUGUAGGUUUCCGCAACUGUGUCUCGCCGCCAAAGUCCCCAAACAUCGCACGUUUGCUUGGUUUUACGUUUCGUUGAACAUCGUGUGAGUUGAGGUUUCUUUUUUGCGGAUGUUGCUUUAAGGUUUGAGGGGCGAGCGUUCUCCGGAGGUCGUCGUGUUUUUAUGUCGCUUGCUGCUGUUUACCGUUACAAGGCGUUUUGUUUUGCACGUUCAGAAGUGACUUCCAGAAAAUGCAAUGUGAUAAUGAUCAUAAACGUGCCCCCACGCACCUCUGCAAUUGCAAAAGAACCACUUAUUGCAUCGCCGUUACAAACAAGCGUCGAGGAUGAAAGUGCUGAGCUGCAUUGCAGGAAGAGAAUGCGUCAUGAGCUGAUGUGUCGCUGAGUGUGUCACGAUGUACUGUUUACUUGGUUUGUUGCUUCUGUAACGCACAGCAAAUUGUUCAUUAAAAAGAAA